CAAACCUAAAAUAAAACCCUUUGAACACAAAACAUCAUAUCGUACAUCAAAACCAUGGCUGCAAAAAUAAAAAUAGCAGGAGCAUGGAGUGGUGUAUUAGAGACAGUAGAUUUAGAAGAAUGGACUGUACCCUUUUUAAAACAACAAAUUUCAAACAAGUUAAACUGCUCAGUAGAUUCUAUUAACCUUAUUUGUGCAGGAAAAGUGUUGAAAGAUGAUACUAAAAAAUUGAUUGAAUUUGGCAUUAAAAAUAAUUCCAAGAUUUUGGUCACAAAAGUGUCACCUGAUCAAGGCAAAGAAUUGGUUGCUGAAGAAGAGAAAUCUAUUCGGCUUCAAAGACUCAAGGCUGCUGCUACUUCACUGGCUACAAGACAUGCUGAUGGUUCAUUGCCGCUCGAAGAUUUCAAUAUUGAAUUGGAGAAUCAAAGUGGAGAGAAAGUGCAGCUGGGUACUGAGAAUGAUCAACGUGCACUAAUGACGGGGCUUAUGUUUCAUGGAAAAGCAAAGCGCUUGGUCAAAACCAAACAAUAUGACUAUGCCUUGGAAGUUCUAAUUAUGGGGGAGGAGUCUUUCUCGCUAUGCGAUCCCAAGGUUGUUCAGCUAAUUGACAACGUCCCAAUCCUUAAAAUAGACAUGGUUUGGUGUUAUUUCAUGCUCAAAGAUAUCAGUAAGCUAUCAGUCGCUGGUAAACGCCUUGAAGAAGCUCGAGUUGGAAUUGAACAAUCUCAUGGGAAGGAAUCUACCCGUCUUAGACUUCUUCAAGGAAAUUCUCACCCCGAGCUUGCACUUCACUUGAGAUUGGAAUUGCUGGAAGGUAUAGUGGCAUAUCAUAGUGGGGAUCUUGAAAAGGCAAAGAAAUCACUGAAUAGUGCCAGGGAUAGAUACUUGCAGCUCCAGGUACCGGAUGAGGCACUAUCGCUACUAAUGGGAAUGGGGUAUCAAGAAAAUGCUGCAAAAAGGGCACUACGCAUGAACGGUCAAGAUGUUGAGCGGGCCGUUAAUUUUCUUGUCGAGGAAAGAGCUAAGAAACAACAGAAAAGAGAGGAUGACCUUCGUAGAAGAGAUGAAAUCAUGGAGCAGAAGAAAUUUGGAGUUACACCACUCAGGAAAGCAGUGGAUCUUCAGAAGUUAAAGGAAUUGGUAUCGGUUGGUUUUGACAAAGAACUUGCUGCGGAGUCCCUCCGAAGAAACGAAAAUGAUUUCCAAAAAGCUCUUGAUGACUUGACGAACCCAGAAACAAAUUCUGACAUUCAGCUUUUUAUCGAAUCACGCAAGAAAAAGCGAUUGCGCCAAGCUGCAGAUGAUGCUAUUGAGAGACUCACAGCCAUGGGGUUUCUGAGAGAAACAGUUAUGGCUGCUGUUCGUGCUUUUGGAACAGAAGAACUAGCUUUAAAUAAUCUGGUUGAGCAAAGUGCACAAGGUGGGAAUGCACCAGUCGCAGGUCCAGUGGUGGACAAUAGUGCUGGCAGUUCUAGUGGUUCAGUUGGUGUAGGUUCAUCAAGUGCGGCUGCAAAUGAAAUGAUCUCAAAUGAUGGAGAUAUCUCUGGAUUUGAUGAUAAGAUGGAGAGGGAUGUGGAAAUGGAAGACGAGCUUACUGAGGAUUUACAAACGGAAGAUGCGUUUUCAGAUUACGACAUGGAACUUACGAGAGAAGGUGAAGCUAUAGAAGAGUACUUGGCAUUGGUCGUGGUCUAACUAUUAACAGUGAUGCACAUAUGGUUUUUAUGUACAUGGGAUUUUAGUAGUUUUUGUAUAAAUCUGGAUGAUACCUACUUAUUAGCGUAGGGAUGUUUUCUCGUAUAAUCUGAUUAGUUCCAGUUAUGCUGAAGAAAAUAUGUUCGGAAGUCAGGCAUGUAGAUGUUUUUUUGGUACAUUUGCGUAUAAGAAAGUACUGAAUAUAUAAGGAAAAUGCAAAAGAAGUGUUCACAAAGGCUUAAAAGUA